AUGAACAUUACAAAUUUUAAGACUGAAGACGAUGAAAGAACCGAUGAUGAAUCAGUGUCAUCAGAACAAUCAUCAUCAUAUAACCAAGGUUUUAUUUUAGAUAAUUCGGAGGGAUUAAACCAACAACAACAUAAUGAUUACUCUGCUACAGCAACUGACCAACAUGUAAUUGUUCAAGCAGCUGCAGAGACAACUAAUGAUAUGUAUAACUCCCAUUUUGGGCUUCAAGAAAAGAUAUUCGAAGGGUUUCUUGUCUGUUUUUCUCAGGCUCUUUUAGAUCCACAUCUUGAAGAUUUAAAGUUUAAAAUUAUUUCUAAUGGAGGUCAAUUCUUUGAUGCUCCAAAUGAAAAAGUUAAUAUACUUAUAACUCCUAACUCUAACAAUCAUGACAAAGAAAGAAUUAACCAUGCUUUGAAAUACCACUUACCAAUAGUAUAUGAACAUUAUGUAACUGAUUGCAUCAGUGUCGGAACAAGAUUGGAUUGGAGUCAAUACUGUAUCCCAAGUGAUCAAGAUGAAAAACCUAAUCUUCCUAAUUCAGGAACAACAGUUUCCGAACAUUUUCACCAACAACAACAUAACCCACAUGCUCCAACAUUUAAUGUUAGACUGUUUGUUAAGGGUUCUAGGCACACCACAUUCACAGAAGAAUUCCCAGAAGUACUUUAUACACUUACAUGGAAACAUAAGUAUGAUGUUAGAAUUGUUUGUAGUGAAAAGAUAUUUGCUGGAAAGAAUCAAGUUAAAAUUAUGGAAGGAAUUGAUAUGUUUCUUGUAAUGGGAUAUAAUGAUCGUAUCCCUGUUUUCCCAGAAGAUCCUACUUCCCCAGUUGCUGAUGGUAAAACAAGUUCAAAGAAAAAGAAGGCAACUGUAUCAAAAAAGAAAGGAUCUUCCCAACCUAAAAAGUCAGAAGACAAAUCUACUAUUAAUAUUUCUAGUUUACAUAGAUCAUCAGAUGAAGAAAUUGUAAUACGUUUUGGUAUCAAUAGUUUAUAUUGUUCAAAGAGAUUUCAAUAUAUGCCUUUCAGACUUUGUGUAAAGUACACCCCAACAGACUCAUCUGAUGAUUAUCAUUUUACAAUUUUCUCUGCUGAAUUCAAAACUUUUGUGAAAAAGGAUGCUAACAUUUCCAAAUAUUUGAAUCAACCAAUGCCUCUCAAUCCAACAGUUAAGGUUGUAACAAAGGCCUGUACCACUACAACAAAAGUUGAUUACUCAAAAUUUACUACAGGUUGUACUUCACCAAAACAACAAACAGGUAAAAAAACAAAAAAGGGAUCAACAACAAAAAAGAGAAAAAAGGAAACUCAACCUGAGGAAGGAGAAAUGAUUAACCAGUAUGCUCCAAAUCCAUAUAUUGAUCCUAAUGCCAAUCCAUGGCCAAUGAAUGAUAUGAAUAUGAUGUAUAAUCCAUUCCUUCCAAUGUUCCCAAAUCAUAUGCCUCAAAUGUAUUCUUCUCACGAUCCAAAUGCACAACUUUAUCCAAUGAGUUCAGGAAUGUCUUGGCUAGGUGAACCUGUUGGAUUAAAUGAUAAUGGAGACUAUUUUUAUGCUCAUUUAUUGAAGGAUGGAAUUGUUUACCGAGUUAACGAUAUAGUUUUUGUCUCUCCUGAGGAUUGUGAUUCAGAGGAUAGACAAGAUAAGGACGAGGCUCUUGAUGAAAGAAAAGAUAUCGAAAAAUAUUGGGUUUGUAAAAUUGUAAACUUUGUUCAAACAAAGAAUGAUGAAAUGAGAUUUGUUGGGCAAUGGUACUACAGAUGGAGUGAUUUACAAGGAUUUGGAUGUAAUAUCGAAGAAGCAACAAACCAAUCAAAAUGUAGAAAACAUCAUGAUUAUCCAUGUGAAAAGGAAAUCUUCCUUACUCAUGAAGAUAUGCACUAUGGUCCUUUGGUUAGUAUCAAGGGAAAGUGUCAAGCAAAAUUCAUGGAUCCUGAUAUUCAACUUGAUAUCGAAGAAAAGAAAUGGUUAGAAAAAGACAAUCACUUCUUCUUCCAAUGUGGAUUUAAUAGAAAUAAGAUUGAAAUGUUUGGCCUUCAAGCACAUGAACAACAACCAUCAAUUCAUACAGUUCAUCACCAUCAUCAACCUAUGACUCCUCUAGGCUAUCAUGGAAUGCAACCAAUGCCUGUUGCAGAUAUGUCAAACGCUAUGAGUCAAAUGGGUCAAAUGCCUCAUCCUUCCCCUUUGAACCCUGGUCUUUUCCCUGGUAUGACUCCUCUUCCAUCAAACCCAUUUGCUCCUUGGACUCCUUCACCAUUCCCAUCUUUCCCUACUUCUUCUCUUGAGCCACCUUUGAAAAAAUCAAAUGUUGGUUCAUCUUCAGAUAGAUAACUGCCAAUUUAAAUAAAUUUAUUCCAUUUCCUUUCUGC